AUGCAACACGCAGCUACAUCAGUCUUGGUCAUAGCAUACCUGAAUCUAAUCCUCCUGCUAAGCAUCCUGCUUUUCUCCCGUCCAAUUUUCCGCCCUCUCUUCCGCGGGCAUUUCGAAACUACAAUGCGGUUCGCGGGUUGGACUUCUUUACUUCUCUUUUGGAUUAAAGCAGGGCUUUUCGUCUCGUCUCGUGCUGGGCUGGAACCGGUUUCGAAAGCGCUGCUAAAGAGUCCGAGUAUAUGGCUCAUGACGGUAACAACGAUCAGUAUCCUCUCCACUUGGUUUGAAGUCCGCAAAGUUCCAGUCAAAACAUACAUCCUCUCUCCACACGCCAUUCGUCUCGAUUUCUGCGCCUCCUCGCCACUAGGGAAAGCUGUUCCUGGGACAGCAGUCAGGAUAUCUUCUAGUCUUCUGGGCGAAUGGUACACCUUCCCCACAAUCGCGCAGCCGGGACAAGAAGGUUUCUCGGUCAUAGUAGCGAAUCCCAAGGGUUGGGCGGCGGGCUUAGUCGCGAAUCCGCCUACGGAGCUGUAUAUCCGCGGCCUGCCGACGACGGGCUUUAUGCGUGUGAUUCCUUUGUUUCGGUCUAUGCUGCUAGUAGUAAGUGGGAGUGGCAUCGCAGCUCUGCUUCCGCAGCUUUAUGCGCUCGAUUAUGCGAUGCUUUGUGGGAGGGAUAUGAGGGCCAUGCCGAGGUUGAGGAUCCUUUGGAGUGCGGAGGAUCCGGAGGGGGUGUUUGGGAGGGAGGUAGUGGAGUUGAUACUUAGGGUUGAUCCGUGGGCUGUUAUUUGUGAUAAGAGGGGUUUGGGGAGGCCGGAUAUGUUGGGGACGGCGUGGAGGUUGGUGAGGGAGAGUGGGUGUGAAGCGGUGGGUGUUGUGGGGAGUCAAGGUUUGGUUGGUGAGGUGGUUUAUGGGCUUGAGAGUAGAGGUGUUCCUGCUUUUGGGGCAUUGUGGAGUUCCUGA